AUAUAUAUAUAAUAAAUACUAAAAAGUUGAAUGCGCUGGCGCUGCAACAAUACACAAGAGCCGUACAAAUAUAUUGUUAACAGCAAUGCUGAAUUUUGUGCUUUAUCGGCAAUGGCAGCAACAAAAAAAUUCAUAUUGAACAACACCCAAAAGCCAACGCCAAAAACAACAAUAACAACAACAACAACAACGGCGCAACGGCGGCUGUGCGGCUGACUUGGCCGACAGCUCACCAACACCAACAACAGCAACAACAACAACCACAACCACAACAACAACAACAGCAACAACAACAAUAGCAAGCAAAGUCGUCAUCUACCUUUUUCGUGCCUUUUCAAGUGUGUUUUUUCUGUUCACUGCUGCGCCCCCCGCUCAGCAGAGCAUAGAGGCCAAGAGAGAGCAAGAGAGAGGAAGAGCGAGUGCGAGAGAGACAGCGCUAGUCUGGUUGGCGCUGUAUUCAGUCUCGACUUCGACCAGUUUUCAACUCCGUGAUAUGAACCAGCUGUGUCUGCCUCGGCCUGCAGCAACACACAAACAUAUGUACACAUUUAUAUGUACAUAUUUACAUCUAUACAUCCAUACAUAGUAUGCAAUUUCGCCCAUUGCCCAAGGAAAUGAUUGACUAGACCCGAGCACCGUUAGAGAGCCGAGGCUACGACGCACGACGACCACGAUGCACGAGCUGUUUACAAAAGUGCUCGCCAAGCGAGAUCUGUCACGAGCCGGAGAUCUAUUCUCAGUGCCCGAUGCGGAUAUUGUGAAUGAUAUAACGGAGGUGUUGUCUGAAAUCAAUCCAAUCAUCUCCCAUGCGGACUACGUGAAGAACAACAAUGAUCAGAGUGUGGUGGAGAUUUGUGUCACCCGGGUUCUCUCCUGCAUACGGGAGACACGCAGCGCUGAGCAUUAUUGUGCCGCUCUGGUGGAUCUGCUGAGAACAUGUCUGUUGUGGAAUCUACAGCCGAUCUCGGCCACCAAGGAAGAGCCGCCACAUGCCAAGAUCGCUGCCGAUAUAAUCUCUAGCAUAUUUUUGAACUAUGAUAAGAAAGAACUGAUGAAAAUAGCGCUGCCCAUUGCCGUGCAGUUUCUGCCCAAGGGCAACAAGGAGCUGUCGCGCAAUCUGGCCAGCUAUCUCUCCCUGGCGGCCAUUGAUUAUGCCUACCUGUUGAUAGAUAUCAUGGAACCCAUCAUGGAAUCCAUACUCUCCGGCAACUAUGGCCUACUGCGUGUUCUCUCCCAGGUGUACGAGGUGUCACCCGAUACGGUGACGCCGCAUGCUCCUUUGCUCAUCCCGCUGCUGCCCCAAUGCGAUGCGCAGGAGCGCAUGGCGGUCUUCCAGCUGUAUUUGCUCAUCGUGCAAAAGUCGCCGGCGGUGCUGGAGUCCUGCGUGCCGCAGCUGUGCGAUUGCCUGCAGGACAGCGACACCUCCAACAUCACCAUGCAGAUUCUGUUGAAACUGGCACAACAUGCCCCCCAUCUACUCGUCGAUCAUUUCGAGCAGCUGCGUCUCGCCGCAAAGACCAAUCCGAGCACAAUUACGCUGUGUGCCCAGAUAUUGACCACCGCCGGCAUUGGCAGCAAGGAGACGGCACAACAGGCCCUCGACUUUGUGCUGGAACAUCUGCCUGCCCAGGCACUGCUGCAGCAGGAGGCAACGCGCCUCUGCUCCGCCUAUCCGGUGCUCUUCACCGACAAGGUGCUCGCCUGCGUGCGCCAGAAGAACGCGGCACUCAGCUCCCAGCAUGAUGUCGGCAAUGCUGCUGCCGGCAACAAGAUCUCUGGGGGCAUCACCAUUGUCAGCCUAAACAGCAGCUCCAGUCCUAGCCCCAGCCCCAGCACACAGAUUAAGCCAGCACCUUUGGCAACACCCGCCAGCAGCUCAACCAACAUUGUUCAGCAGCCAGGCACUGUGAAUGCCACGCCCACACCUAUUGCCGCGGCCACAGCGACUGCCACGCCCACACCAAGUGUAGCGCCCGCGCCCAUCGCCACAUCAACGCCAGCUGCUGCCACGCCCAGCGUUGCCACGCCCACGCCCCCUCACACAGGCUAUACGCGCCGCGUGAAGCUGGGCGACUCGCGCAGCACGGGUCGACUGCAUCCGGCUAGUAACACACACAGGAGCGUGACGCGGCUGAACGUGGCAAGUGGGUCGGUUGGCGGGCUGCACAAGAGCAUGACGCGACUGAGCAACUCGCAGAUCAGCCAGCAGCCGGGAGGCAGCUCCAACGGCAACGUGGUGGUGCAACAAACGGGUGCCAUGCCCAAGACGGCCACAUCACUGAGUAAUCCGCCGGUGACGCCAGUGCCGCCGCUCAGCAACGAUGUGAUCAUCACCGGGCACAACAAGCACGGCAUACCGGUGACCUCGGGUGGUGUCACCGUGACCACGUCGCCUUCCAAGGUACGUCCGCACUCGCAAGGACCCUCAACGCUGCUCAACUCCAGCACGGUACUGAUGAAGUACAGCACAGAUGCACUCAAUCAGUCGGUGGGCUCCAUAUCCAUACCACAUGCAACAUCUGUGGCUGGCGCAGCAACAGCCGGGCAGCAAUCGCCGAAUGCCGUCUCCGUGCAUCAUGCAUCGCCAGCUGUGCCGCAAUCGUCAAGCAAUGGCAACGCCAAGUCCCUCAUGAAGCUACCCGUAAAUGGCAAUAGCGAGGUGAUCGUUUCGGGUCCCACAACAACCACAAAUGUGGCGCCUCGACGCAGCGACAACACGAGUCGAACGCUGCUGAAUGCCAACAGCGUGAUGGACCAGCGCAUGAGCACCUUCGAGCCAUAUCAGAUAAUGCGCGAUCCCGUGCAGCAGUUCUGCGAGAAGAACUUCGUCUCCAUCAAGUCAUAUAUGGAUGAGGUGUCGCAGCAUCUGCCGCCGCCGACGCGUUGCAGCAUUGAGGUUUCUAAUGAAUUUGCAGAGCGUCGCAAGAAGGUGGCCAAGCUGCACUUCGCCUGCCAGAUACGCGGACCCCAUUGCCUCUACUCGAAGACGUGCUUCACGAUGCGCACACGCAAUCCCAAGACAUGGAUACACAUGAUAUUCCUCGACUUUCAAGUGCGGCACUUUGUCAAGGAGAAAUGUGUGCUUAGCACACGGGAGCCGGGCAUCAGCAAUCUGAAGAAUAUCUGGCAGAUACUUAAGUGCGAGAAUCGCAGCUUCACCGAACUGGUCACCAGUCAGUUUCCCCAGGUCAAGGAUCGCGAGAUACUUGUGAAUGAGCUGCGUCACUCGGGCUUUCUGGAUGUGUUCGAGGUGUCCAAAACGGACAAGAGUAAUCCGAAUUGCAAUGAGCUGGAAUAUCAGUGGGGCUGCUUUCUGUGCAAUCAUCCGGACAAGGCUGUGGGCUUCCUCAAUGGCAGCAAUCAGCCCAUGAUCGAGGGACAGCUGAAGGAGAAGAAGGGCAAGUGGCGACUAUUUAGGCGCUGGCGCACUCGCUACUUUACGCUCUCUGGCGCGCAUCUCUCCUGCAAGGGAUCCAGCGGCGGCGAGAGCAUCGAUGUGAAUCAAAUACGCUCCGUGAAGGUAUCGCGUGGAGCACGCAACAUACCCAAGGCGUUUGAGAUCUUCACUGCCGAUCAGACCCUAAUACUCAAGCCCAAGGAUGGCAAGAAUGCCGAGGAAUGGGUGCAGUGCCUCAGCAUUGUGGUCGCUCACUCGCAGGCGCGCGACAAUCCCACGGUGAAGACGAACAGUCUACCGGCCCGGAGCAUUGGCAGCAGCAAACCCUCCUUUUAGCCAGGCCAUGCCAAAUCCGCUCCCCUGCCCCUCACCCUCCCAACCUGAACCUAUAUUGUGAGAUUAUUUGUAAUUGUAAAGACAACAACAUAAGACAUAAGCGGCUGCCGCCAAUUAAAGCUGUCUAUAUAUAUACAUACACACACAUAUAUAUAUAUAUAUAUAUAU